AUGCUGACAUUAUUGGGUACUAACGUGGCCACCGUGCAAUCGGUUUCCGACGAGGCCAAGUAUGCCUCAUCCGCUUUGACUCCGCCGAUCGCAGGUGACGACACCAGUUUUGUGAAGCGGCAUUUGAGGUCCAUGCUCACUAGUGACCCUGCCACCACCAACAUUGAAGAGAGGGUAGCUGUUCCAAAGUUUCUAGAUUUGCCAUCAAACGUUCUAUCAGAAGGGUUGACGAGCGUCAAACAUGGAUUGGCAAAAUUUCAGAGGUGGCUGGUGAAAAUUCUAAAGCGAGUUAGUCUCAAAAGGCAAAAUGAUGAAGUAAGUCUCAAAAGGCAAAAUGAUGAAGUAAGUCUCAAAAGGCAAAAUGAUGAAGUAAGUCUCAAAGAGAAAAUUUUUGGUGAGAAAGAUCUCAACAAAUUAAGUGACAAAGACGUUUUUGAAGAGGUCAUCACGAAGGUCAAAGAUCUUGGACUUGAGCCUAAAGCGUAUAAACUGAUGGCCCAAGAUAAGGGAUUUCGAGUCCGACGAGGCAUUAAUGAACGUUCAGGCAUUAGUAGAAGCUGUCGGAUAUGA